UAUAUUUUAAAGUGUGUGAUGAAGUGGUGUGUUGGGACUUGCAAGCAAGUGAAAACAGAUGAUAUACAGAGUAUAAUGCUUUAAAAAAAAAUCAAAGAAAGGUCUAAUUACAAUUUACAAUGACUGAAAACCUUUGUGGCCUCGUCUUAAAAUUUGGUUCGACCCACAAUAAAAAAAAAAUCCAGCAAAUAGCCCAAUAUUACUUCCCCUUCUUCUUCUCUGUCCAAUUCUCCAUUGUAGGGUUUAUCACAGAAAAACCCCAAUAUAAUCUCCAAAACCCUCUCAUUCAAUUUCUCUCUGUUUCAACCCCACUAUCUCUCUCUGCCAAAAUCAAACAUGGAGGCAAUAACACCCCCUAAAUCACACAAUUCCAAGAAAAAAAAGAGGAAAUCAAUCCAAUUUGAUACCGCAGUUCAAAUGUUGAAGGAACAACAAGAUAAAAAUGCACCAAUGUUGGGGUAUUACCCUUCUGGGUUCGACCCAUUAAACCUUAAAAACCCAGAAUCAAGCAAACUAGGGUUUUUCAGGGACCAAAAAAGGCUUAGAAGAGUUGAACUUGUUGUGAAACCAAAUGGGUCUAAAGUUGAUUAUGUUGGUAAUAGUCAUUUUGGUGAAGCUGCUGUUGGUAGGAUGAAUAGUUAUGCUCUUGCGGUUGUUGAGAAACGCUCUCAGACUUUCAGAUUGGCCCCCAUUAAUGCUAAUAGGAGAGAGUCACAAAAGACGGCGAUGUACUUGGGUUUUGAUCCCGGAUUACCGUCUAUUAAGCUAAUUGGUAUUUUACGGGUAUUCAGGUUACAACCAUUAGCUAGAGCAUCACGCGCUUCUGAAACGGAACCAGAAACUCCGGCCAAGAUUGAAGAUGCUGAAGAUAGAAGACUGAGACGGCAUAAACUUACAGACCGUUAUGGUACCAAGGGUGCAAUAAAGAAGGACAAGGAAGCUAUGCGGUUAAGUCAAAAGGAAGAUCCUGAUGCCAUGCCUGAGAUAAACCAAAUUUUAGAGGCAACUCCUAUAGACAAGACAGCAAUUGAAAGUUCCAGUAUGGACACUGACAACAAUCUUCCCCCACACGAUCUCUCUGCUACAACACCAGAGAAGGCUUAUCUGCUUGAUAAAAUUAUUCUCAAAGGAGAAUGGGAUUAUGUGAGAGACAUUUUGGAGCUUUUGCAAUCUGGGAAGGAGAUAAAACCAGAUGUUUACCCAAGUUUUGUGUGCAAUCGAUGUUACAAAGUGGAAUUAAACAAGGAUGAUGCAGAGCAGAGAAGGCUUGCUGGCAUCCUGUCAUAUAUUUCUCAUCUCAUAAACAUCAAGAAUCGGUAUUCUGCUGGUGGUGGUGGAAAAUCUUCUAAGCAUCACGUUUAUCUCCCAAGCAUUUUGUCACAGAAGUUCGACAAAAUGUUUAUCAAUAAAGAGAAAAACAGGCUCUCAGAUGACAAAAUCGGCUCCCUCAUCAGCUAUGUGCUGGUUCUCACCUUAUUUGUUGAUGAGUUUCAGACUGAUUUUACAGAUAUUGCCAAGGAUCUGAAGAUGUCUGCUUUAAGUCUAAGACCUUAUUUCGAGAAUUUGGGCUGUAAGUUUGCUAGAAGAAAUAAGGUGACUGUUGCUACCCUUCCUACUCCUCUUAAGUUCCCAACACUGAGGAAGAGGAGAAGAGGGUAGAUGUAAUAAUGGCCCCUGCUUUCACUUUCCAAACAAACCUUAAUUCCUUCCAGAGGUUUGUUAUUUGACAGCACCUUUUACUACAUUUAUUUUUUGUUUUGUAAGCUCAGUUGGCAUAUCAACUCUAUAAGGUAAAAGUUGUUUCAGUGACUGAAAAUUGAAAGAUUACUGUACUAAUUAUGAUUGCUUCAUGGUUUAUAUUGCUGAGCUUAUUGCAUAGAUAUACUGUCAAACAAUUCAUUGUGGUUUAUUUUGUAAAUCUGGUUUGAAAUUGGAAAAACAUGCUUUUACUCUGUUAUUGGA